GCGCAACCUCAUCCCGUAAGCGGAGAAAGAAGUCAACCAUAGAAUGGAAGACAAUUGUCUUUGUUUUCCUUUAAGAAUGAGGAACAGGAUAUCUUCUUCUUCUUUCCCAGCCAUUUGGCUCUUCUUCUUCUUCUUCUUCUCGUUGGGCCUCGCAGCAUUGGAAGCAGAACACAGACACAGUUCUGGUGUUGUUGAUGACGCUGACAAGAUUCGGGCUCAGUUCCUUCAUCUUCUCCGUACCAGACGAUCUCCUCCAGUUCGUCUGACUGUGGAACCUGCAAAACCUGUGCUCCAUCCUUUGUUUCAAGGAGUUGCUCCACCACCAUUGAAUAAGUCAAUAGUGUCUUGCCCAAAGGCUGAUAUUGAAAAUCCCAAGGAACGGCUUAAAGAGGAAAACCUUUAUUUGCGAACUGAGGCUGCAGAGCAAGGACGGUUGCCUGUGUUAAUCUUAAGCUCGAAAGACAGCAAUCAGACAAGAAGGCCUGCUGUUGUUUUCCUGCAUGCUACCAAUACGAACAAAGAGUGGUUACGACCAUUGCUUGAGGCAUAUGCUUCAAGGGAAUAUAUAGCCAUUGCUAUUGAUUCUCGCUACCAUGGUGAACGUGCCCACCAUCAAACUACCUAUCAAGAUGCUCUAGUGUCAUCAUGGAAAAAAGGAGAUACAAUGCCAUUUAUAUUUGAUACGUUGUGGGAUUUAAUAAAACUAGCAGAUUAUCUAUCAUUGAGAAAGGAUAUAGAUGCUUCUAGAAUUGGAAUUACCGGCAUAUCACUUGGAGGAAUGCAUGCUUGGUUUGCUGCCUUUGCUGACACCCGCUAUACAGUGGCUGUUCCAAUAAUUGGAGUUCAGGGGUUUCGAUGGGCCAUAGACAAUGACAAAUGGCAGGCUCGAGUUGACACUAUAAAGGCUGUAUUUGAAGAAGCAAGGAUUGAUUUAGGCAAGAGUGCAAUUGAUAAAGAAGUGGUGGAGAAGGUCUGGGAUAGGAUUGCUCCUGGUCUAGCUUCCCAGUUUGAUUCACCUUACUCAAUUCCAGCUAUUGCACCACGGCCUCUGUUGAUUUUAAACGGUGCCGAUAAUCCACAUUGCCCACUUGAUGGUAUAAGAACUCCCGAAAAAAGGGCUCGCAAGGCUUAUCGAAAGGCUCAUUCUUCAAAUAAUUUUAAGCUCAUCGCACAACCUGGAAUAGGCCACCAAUUCACACCGUUAAUGGUGAAAGAAGCAUGUGUUUGGAUGGACAGGUUCCUCAAGCAAUAAUUUUUAUAGUUAUAUGUGUGUGUGUGU